CCCGGCCGGGAGCGGCCGCGGGGUGACACCUGCCGGCCCGGCCCGCCCUCUCUCCCCGCCCCGGCGGGGUCCCCGCGGUGUCACCGCUGUGCUGUCACCGCUGCGCUGUCACUGCGCCGCUCGGCUCCUUCCGAUCCAUCCCGGCCCGUCCCGUCCCAUCGCAGCCCGCUCCGCGCUGCCCGGCAGCUAUAACCAUGGAGAACCUGUCCACUGCCAACAGCAGAUUUGCACUUGAUCUGCUCAGAAGGUUUAGUGAGGCCAACCCAACAGGAAAUGUCUUCUUUUCUCCUGUCAGUAUCUCUGCUGCUCUGGCCAUGGUCCUUUUGGGGGCCAAAGGUAAUACAGAAACCCAGGUGUUGAAGACGCUUCACCUUGACAAAGUUGAAGAUGUGCAUUCAGGAUUCCAGGCUCUGACAGCAGAGAUAAACAGAAGCAAUGCUCCCUAUCUCUUGCGGCUGGCCAGUCAGCUCUUUGGAGAGAAGUCCUACAGCUUUCUGCAGGAUUUCCUGACUAAUACACGGAAAUUAUAUGGAGCUGACUUGGCUACAGUUGAUUUUCUUCAGGCUUGUGAUAAAGCCAGGAAAGAAAUUAACCAAUGGGUUGAGGAGAAAACGGAAGGCAAAAUCCCCGAUCUGCUGGCUGAAGGCUCAGUUGACAGCAUGACCAAGCUGGUACUGGUGAAUGCUAUUUAUUUCAAAGCAAACUGGGCAGAGAAAUUUCAAGAAGCUGACACCACUGAUGCACCAUUUCGAUUAAAUAAGAAUGAAAGAAGGACAGUAAAAAUGAUGUAUCAGAAAAAUAAAUUUAAUUUUGGAUACGUCCCUGAAGAGAAGAUCCGUGUUUUAGAGCUGCCUUAUGAUGGAAGAGAACUUAGUAUGAUCAUCCUGUUACCUGAUGACACUGAAGAGGACUCCACUGGGCUGCAGAAGAUGGAAAAGCAGCUUACCUUAGAGAAGCUCCAGGAAUGGACGCGUCCAGAGCAUCUGUAUUCCGCUGACGUUCACGUGCGUUUGCCAAAGUUUAAGCUGGAGGAAAGCUAUGACCUUAAAUCAGAUUUAGCUGCUAUGGGCCUGCUGGAUGUAUUUGACAGUGGCAAGGCUGACCUGUCGGGAAUGUCAGGGGCACGUGACCUCUUCCUCUCUGCAGUUGUCCACAAGGCUUUUGUGGAAGUGAAUGAGGAAGGCACGGAAGCUGCAGCUGCCACUGCUGGCAUUGCUAUGCUCUGCAUGGCCAUAGAAGAGGAUUUCAACGCUGACCAUCCUUUCCUUUUCUUUAUUCGCCACAACCCAACACAGAGCAUAGUUUUCUUGGGAAGAUAUGCUUCUCCAUAAAAGAAAACUUAGCAUUUGCAGUAGUUCCUGCUGUUGUUAAUGAAAGUUUUGUUCCUGAACAAGUUAAUCCUCCUGUUGUGAGUUCCUAGUAAUUUGACUGAGAUUCUGCCUUUCCAUUUAAACAGCCCCAGAGAAAAUGAGGAGUAAUUUAUUUUUUUUUCUUGAGAUUCACAUAAUCUUUAAUUGAACAAGGAAAAUCUUGGAGUGGAAAUAAAUUUUCUUGGAAGAAAUGCAUAUUUCUCAAAGCACAGUAUCGGCCUUUUGCAUCCUCACAUGGGUUUUUGUGUGUCUACAGCUCCCCAUUGCGAUGCACAGUCACUCCUUAAUAAUCUAGUCACUCCUUAUGCAUAAAUACUGGGUUGUUCUUGCAGAGGUAUCCCUUCACUAAAACCUUUACAAAAAUACUGUAAUAAAAUUGUUCUGGGCACCAAAAGGCAUGUCUCAAACAGCUGGGUAUAACCAGUUCUGUCAUGAAAUAGAAGGUCAGAUAACAUUUGUUUAGAGAGGUCUAUUAAUAGAGAAUGGAUUAAGCUAUUUAAACAAAAGUAACCCCUUGAAGCUAGUAGCCAGAAAAAUUGCAACACAGCUUUUGAAUGAGAAUGAAAAAAUGAGUAAGACUUUAGGUGACAUAGUUAAAGAGAAUUUUUAAAAUUUCAAUUAAAUGUUAAAAUGUUUCAGGGAUUAGAGAUUUUAGGUGCCUUUUUGAAAGUUGAGAAGCUGCCAAUAUGGCAUUAGAUUCUGGCCAGUACCUCUGUCAUUCCCAAAAGAUACUUCAGUUUCCCAGAGGAGGAUCUGCAAGAAAUACCUGAAGUUUCUCUUUAUGUACAAUGAUUCUGCAUUUACUGAGCUGACUUCCACUACCUCUUUAUGCAGAAACCUCUGUUACUGUACCACAGCCUUAUUCCUGGUAGCCAGUUACAUACUGUUAUGUUCUGUGUUUAUUGUCGGAGGUUAUUUGCUUGUAUCUUCGGUACUGUAACAUUUACCUGUACAACCUAAGCUCUGAAUGGGGCACAAUAAUUUAUAUAAUUGCAAACUGUAUUUUAAUCUUGUCUUUAAGCAACAAAUAAAAGUCUUUAACCU